CGGCGGCGGGCGGCGUCCAGUUGUCAAGGCGACGGGUAAACAGCGCGCAGCUCGCGUCGCGGAGUCUCGUGUGUUGUUUUCCGGAUUUUCACGUGUUUGUUUUGGAUCUAAGGGAGAGAAUGGCUGAAGACGGCCAGGGUGGAGGCGGCGCGGGGGACAAAGUAAUUCACACGUACCCCUUAAUUCGGCACUCGGACAUGUCGGAGGAGAUGCGAACAGAAGCGAUGGAGCUGUCGGUGACGGCGUGCGAGAAGUACUCGCAGAACAACGAGCUCGCCGCGCGCAUGGUCAAGGAGUCUAUGGACAAGAAGUUCGGCCCCGCCUUCCACGUGGUCGUCGGUGAGAGCUACGGCUUCGAGAUCACGUACGAGACGACCACCAUCUGCUACAUGUACUUUGGGGGAAACCAGGCGAUUUGCAUCUGGAAGUGCUCGUGAGUGAGAUGGAAAGUUUUAUAAGCGCGAGCUCCGAGGAAUAUUAAGCAAUUUCGUAUGCUUCUCCUAUUAUAUGAUUGGUGAAGAGUGCGGGAUAAUAUUAUGUCAUAGUCAGAUCAAUAUCAGCCCCCAAUUCCUCGGAGCUCGCGCGCGGAGUCAGAGGGAGAAUUGUCAAUUAUUGUGCCCAAGUGCAAAGUGUCUGUUCGUAUUAAGAAGAUGUACCAUCGAGGAAAUUGAUUCCUAGGCAGUUGACAGACCAACGUCAUUUGAUCGGAUCAAACGGUUCGAAUCGGUCGGUUGGCUUUGCCGUUUGACGUAACGCGUCCAAACUACAUAGGUCCAUCUGUCUAGGAAUCAACUUCUCUG